AUGCCAGUCGCAUCCCUCUAUCUGCUUGCACUCACUACCGACACAAGCACCUUUCUCAACUCCCUCCGCUCCUCUCGUACCGUGAUCGUAAGCUCUAGACCGCGACAUGCCGUGAUUCGUCCCACAGUCCUCGACCAGGACAUUCUAACCAAGACGCCUUGGGAUCUUCUCGUUCUCAUCCAACCGCCUUCGGAUUCACCUCCGAUCCCCUCUACUCUUCAAUCUCAAAUAAAGACCCAGUACCAUGUAACAGUGGGAAUACCUUCCAAAUUACUCGCCACCUACGCCUCACGAGACGAGUCCCUUAAGCGCACUGCUUCAUCCGUCCCAUUGACUGGAUCCUUAGACCAGGCACGCAGCAAACCGACCUCCCAAAGCCUGGAACUCUCACCCGAUCUCCUUAACUUUAUGGAUAAGCUUACACCUCAGCAUUCGGGGCCUGUAACGAUGCUCAAUCUGCUUCACUUCAACCACCCGAAUGGGAAGAAGAGCUACUACCAGUAUGGGCAGUCUUUCAUUCCUGUGGCUGGAAAGAGAGGCGGGGAUGCAAAGAUAGUGGGUAACGUGGUAAAGCCAAAGUCUGGAACUGCGAAUGCUGUGGACUCGAGAGGAAACUGGGAGAGAAAGGAGGAGGAUUGGUGGAAUGAGAUAUCUAUCGUGCAUUAUCCUUCUAUCCGCCACUUCUGUGAUAUGCUUGCUGGGGAGGACUACCAGGAGAUCAACGAAAAAUAUCGAUUGUCGGCUCUGAAGGACACAUUCUUACUUUGCACAACUGAGUUUGAUGUGGAAGGAGCAUCUUCAAAACUCUAA